AUGGAGAAGAAGGAAACUGUAAAGAAGUUUAGCUCCAGUUCUACGGCUUUAGAGGUGACUGAGGGAGUAGAUCUGAACGGCAAAACUGUUUUGGUAACCGGCUGUACUUCUGGGAUUGGAACUGAAACUGCUAGAACAUUAGCACUCAGAAAUGCGCAUGUUGUUAUGGCUAAUAGAAAUCAGGAGCAAUCGAUGAAACUUCGAGAUAGAAUUCGUGCUGAAAUGCCAAAUGCUAAUAUUGAUCUUCUGGAACUGGAUCUGAGCUCACUAAAAUCUGUAAAGAAGGCUGCAGAGGAGUUCUUAGCUAAAGACUGGAAAUUGCAUAUUCUAAUUCUUAAUGCCGGAGUAUUUUCACCAUCAGUUAAAAAAACGGUCGAUGGAUUCGAAAUGGCAUUUGGUGUCAAUCAUUUAGGGCACUUUUAUUUAACCUAUCUGCUUCUUGAUAGGUUACGACAAAGUUCGCCUUCACGAGUCGUUGUCGUCACUUCUGUAACUCACAAACACUCUGGGGUGAAUCCAAAAGCAUCGACAGAUGAAAAAGUGCAUCGAUUGAUUGAACCUGCCUUGUCUCAAGUUUCUUACCGGUUAUAUGCCUGUUCAAAGUUAUGCAAUAUAUUAAUGGCAAUGAAACUGCACCGAGAUGAGCUAAAAAAUGAUAUCAGAGUGUAUUCCGUACACCCUGGGACUCUAAUAUCGACAGGUAUUUCACGGACUUAUGGUUGGCCAGGACGACUGUUUUACCGGAUUACUCAGCCGUUUUGCAAGACGCUCCAGCAGGGUGCCGCAACAACUGUUUAUUGUGCCACAUCUAAAGAUGUCUUGGAGAGUAGUGGCAAAUACUUUGCUGAUUGUUGCGACGAUGAAAAGUCUUUAGCGAAAAGUCUGGUGUACGAUGAAGCUUUACAAGAUGCACUUUGGAAAAAAUCUUUGGAGCUGGUAAAGAAUAGUAUGCAAUACUAA